GAAAAUGGUGGCUAGCUUUUUCUUGAGCCUUGUGGUAGUUAUUUGAGUACAAUUUUAAUGGAGCAAGUAACUGUAAUGGAGAAUGUGCAGUACCAAGCACUGAGCUUAGCUGGCAUGGCAGGUUUCAUUUCAAUCAUCAGAAUAAAUUGCUCAGACUCUAGCAAAUCAUCAGUAGCUUCUUCUGUGGCUUCUGAGCUAAGUCAGCAAUGGCUGUCCUGCGACGAGCUGUGGCGCUCUUGUUGCUUCUUGUGGCCAAUGUUGCCGUGGCGAGCAGCACCAGCGUCGCCUCUGAGAUGAAGGUUCCAGCGAUCUUUGUGUUUGGUGACUCCACAGCUGACGUGGGGAACAACAACUACUUGCCUGGGAGCAGUGCCAGGGCUGACUUCCCUCACAAUGGCGUCGACCUCCCUGGCAGCGAGCCAACGGGCAGGUUCAGCAAUGGCCUCAUCGGCGCAGACUUCUUGGCCAUCGACAUGGGUUUCAGUGGUAGCCCGCCGCCGUACCUCUCUCUCGUCGCCAGCAGCAGCGGCGAGGCGAUGAGCAACAAGACUCAGAAGAUGACAGGUGCUGCUCUUGCCUCCAUGAGAGGAGCCAACUAUGCUUCUGGAGGCUCUGGUGUUCUUGAUUCCACGGGAGCUACCAUCAACAUGACGAAGCAGAUAGAGUACUUUUCGGAGCUCAAAGACCAGAUGUCGACCAGAUUGAGCAGUGACAGAGCAUCGGCAAUGCUCUCAAAGUCCAUCUUCCUCAUCAGUGCAGGCGCGAACGAUGCCUUCGACUUCUUCUCGCAGAACAGAUCACCGGACUCCACAGCGCUCCAGCAGUUCUGCGAAGCAGUGAUCUCCACAUAUGAUAGCCAUGUCAAAACAUUGUACAAUUUGGGGGCAAGGAAGUUUGCGGUGAUCAACGUGCCGCUGAUCGGGUGCUGCCCGUACUGGAGAAGCCAGAACCCGACCGGGGAAUGCGUCGAGCCGCUAAAUCAGCUGGCCAAGAGACUCAACGACGGAAUCCAGGAUCUGUUCAGCGACCUCAGCUCCCAAAUGCAGGGCAUGAAGUACUCCAUUGCCAGCUCCUACGCGCUUGUCUCCAAUCUGAUUGAGAACCCACAUGCUGCAGGUAAAUUGCAACAACUUAGCAAGAGCAUUCAUCGCCAGUUCGCCGUGCUUGUACUAAGCAUGAAAUGUGGUCAUCUCUUUUUCUGGCAAUCUGCGACCUUGGUUACUUUGUUGGAUGCAGGGUUUACAGAGGUGAAGAGUGCAUGCUGUGGUGGCGGCAAGUUCAAUGCUGAGCAAGGUUGCACCCCCAACUCCAGCUACUGCAGUGACCGCGGCAAAUUCCUCUUCUGGGACCUCAUGCACCCUACCCAGGCAACUUCCAAGCUCGCAGGCCUUGCCUUCUACGACGGACCGGCACGGUUCGUCGGUCCAAUCACCUUCAGGCAGCUGUCGGAGGCAUAACUAGGAUUAGAUCAGAAGGCCUUUUUGUGUCAUUCCAUAAGUUAGGAAAGAUAUUAUGCCUAUUCUGAAGUCUGAACGGCCUAAAUUACAAAGGACAUCUUGUCAUUCGUGUGGAAACUGACACAAAGAGAGGGGAAAAUUUGUCCGAGUUUUUGGUUGCUGAUCACUCA